AUGACGCUUGGUUCUCUCUCGGUCUCAUCUCCCCCGGCGGUGACUGAUAGGUCACCGGAAGAUCAAGAUCUUCUCGAAAGAAGUACCAAGAAGACGAAGAGGGGAAGAGAAGAGCAGUCAGUCGCAUCCACCCCAAGGCAGGGCGAGCGUGGAAUAGAACAUGCAGAGGGUUCUGGUACCCCUGACUCCGGCCAGUGGAAAACACCGGCGACGACGCCUGAACAAGCCUGGGUUCAAAGGGAAGGAAAACAGAUAGCUGAGGACGAGGAAGAAUCUGAAGAUGAAGCGAUGGAGGAAAUCGAAACUCUGAACGGAUACCCAGUCAUCCGAGUCUCUAACGAGGAAAAGGAGAGGUUGAGACGGCCAUGGCGCCGGUCGCUCAUAGUCCGACUGCUUGGAAGGACGGUAAAUUACCCCUAUCUGUACCAGAGACUCCAACGCAUGUGGCGGACAGAGUCUCCGUUUGAUUUGAUUGCUUUAAACCAUGACUUUUAUAUUGCAAAGUUUGAAUCCAUGAAAGAUUAUGAGACUGCCAAAUAUGGAGGCCCAUGGAUGGUAUUCGACCAUUACCUAACAGUUCAAGACUGGAGACCUAAUUUCGAUUCAAGAACAAACAAGAUGGAAAAGCUCUUAGCUUGGAUCAGGUUUCCGUCGCUCCCAAUCGAGUACUUCGAUGAAAAAUUUCUCAAGAAGAUAGGGAAGACGAUUGGACGGCCCGUCAAGAUCGACGUCACCACCAGCCUUGCAUCCAAGGGCAAGUUUGCAAGAGUUUGUGUAGAGUUUGACAUUACCAAGCCUUUGCUGUCACGAUUUGUCAUCGAAGGUGUUGAAUGGCCAGUGGAGUAUGAGGGAAUCCACUUGGUUUGCUUCAAAUGUGGGGUGUAUGGCCAUAGGCAGGACAACUGCAUAGGUUCUGAAGGAAAUUUGUCGCAAGAACCCAACAAUGCUUCAGCUUCUUCUGCAAAAACCUGUUCUAUGCCCACGGAGAAGUACGGGGCAUGGAUGCUAGUCACACGCAGGGAUAGACGUAGGGGUGGCAACCAGGUUAAUAGACAAACGAACACCCCCUCGAAGGACAACCAACAAGUCAAUUCAGCAGGUGUAGCUCAGAUGGCAGAAGGGCUAGGUGAGCAAACCAGACCGCAAAGGGAAACAGUAACGGGAGGAGAGGUCACGCGAUCUUCUGACCAAGGUGGCAUUCCAGCUUUCAACCAAGCCACUGGUCGAGGAAACCAGCGCGGACGAGGUGGAAGAGGAGGAACCCCCAACAGAGCAGCAUCUGAGCUAGAACACACAGUGGUGCGCGGCUCCAAUGGAGGUCGCAACAUCACUAGCACAGUAGUCCACCACAGUGAGGAACACCUGGGCUUCAGCUUCAUGAGUGGGACGGAGGAGGCCCACGAGUUUGAACCCCCCAAUCCUUUGAUUAGAACUGAGAAGGAUUAUAGGCACGACCCCCCGGAUCCAAUGAUAGGAGUAGAAAGGAGAUACGACAAUGAUCCUCCUGAUAAUAGCCAUGACCACCCCAUAACGGGUGAUUCCUUGACAGAGGCUAUGGUAGAUGAUACUGGCCAGAUUGACCAUGGGAUUGCGGUAUCGGGGGACCAAGCUAACAGAAUUUGCUCUAGUUUUGGAUUUAAUGAUUGGAUUAGGGUGGAAGCAGUAGGCUAUUCGGGUGGCAUUUGGCUACUAUGGAAAGGCUCGGCCAACAUCAUAGUUACGAAAACUCACCCCCAAUUCAUUACAGCACAUGUGCCCGAGGAAAACAAGGAUCCAUGGCAACUAUCGCUGGUAUACGGAAGUCCAAACCAGCCCCUCAGAAGACAGUUGUAUUCAGAGCUUUUCGGCAGUAACAGUGGGUUUGAUGGUUCAUGGCUAGCAGUGGGAGAUUUCAACGUGGUCACGUCUAGGGAAGAAGUGAGCAACACGGAGGGCUUUACACAAUCUAGGUGCGCCAACUUCAAUGAGUGGAUCUUUAGAGAAGGCUUGGUGGACCUCGGAUACUCAGGCUCCAAAUACACAAGGAUGAGGGGCGUGAAUACGGACUCGUUUAGGGGGGCACGACUGGAUAGAGCCUUGAGCAAUAUCGACUGGAAACUUCAAUUUCCCAAUACCAUAAUUCAACAUCUACCUAUGGUAGGGUCAGACCAUGCUCCACUCUUGGUGAACACCGGAGCAGUUCAGGCAUUAAGCAGGCCAGCCUCGUUCAGAUUCAAUGUGGCAUGGGCGACACAUAAGAGCUUUCAAGCAUUAAUUAAGGACAGCUGGAGGAGUGACCUUGACUUACACACAAACAAGAAGAGAGUUGCAGAGAUUUUAUCAAAUUGGAGCAGAGACAUUUUUGGGAGUGUUACUCAGAGGAAAAAGAGAUUGUUAGGAAGGCUAGAAGGAAUACAGUGUAAGAUGGCCCAGAACGUGAGGUCGGACAUGAUCAGACUGGAGAGGAAAUUAAGGCUUGAACUGGAUGAGGUCUUAUACCAAGAGGAACUGACCUGGUUCCAACGCUCAAGGGAAGAAUGGGUGAUAUCUGGGGACAGAAAUACACGAUACUACCAAACUGCAACUUCGAUCAAGGCAAGCAAGGUCAAAGUGUCAAUGCUAAUCGAUGAAAAUGGUCAGGAAAUCACGGGUAAAGGAGAGCUAGUAGAGCAUGUUCAAAGCUACUUCACCAAAUUAUUCACGGAGGAUUUAGGAAGUGAGCCAACGUCCCUGGACCAUGGCCACUUUCCAAUAAUUACUGAGACAAAAUGGAAUGAGUUAAGUGCACCGCUGACAUUGGAAGAGAUCAAAAGCAACUUGUUUGAUAUGGCUCCUUGCAAAGCACCCGGUCCUGAUGGGUACUCGGCAAGCUUUUACCAGAAGACGUGGGGCACAGUGGGCGAGUGCUUAUUAAAGUUUGCUACGAAAUUUUUUGAUGAAGGAUCACUGCCGGAGGAAUGCAAUGACACUAUAAUAACGCUCAUACCGAAGAUCCCCGAGCCAAAGCACGUCAAGCAGUUCCGACCUAUUAGUUUAUGCAACGUCUCGUAUAAGCUACUAACUAAGAUCAUGUCCUCGAGGCUAAGGAACAUCUUAACAAAGCUCAUCGGCCCCCACCAAACCAGCUUCGUCCCAGGAAGGCAAAUUUCAGAUAAUACCCUUGUGUUUCAAGAGGUGUUGAGCUCCAUGAGGAACAAAAAAAGGAAAAGGGGGUUGGAUGAUGAUGAAGAUCGACCUGGAGAAGGCCUACGACAAACUUUCAUGGGAAUUUAUCAAGGAUACUCUACAGGAUAUUGGAUUCAACAACACAUGGACAAAGCGGAUUAUGGAAUGCAUUUCUUCCCCCAGAUUGGCAGUCGCGUGGGAGGGCCAAAGAACAGAUUGGUUUAG